CUUGAGAAACCCCCAGGACUAUGCUGUCAGAAUGCUGGCGAGGAAAAGCAUCAUCCCCGAGGAGUAUGUCCUGACCCGGAUCGCCGCCGAGAAUGUCCGACAACCGCGCUACACCGUCCGGCCUCGCCAACCCCGUUUCAUUGACAAGAACGGGGCAUGCAACGCCGCCCACAAGAACAUCCAGGAGCAGGGGCGCUUCCUGCAGGAUGUCUUCACCACGCUGGUCGACCUGAAGUGGAGAUACACGCUCUUCGUCUUCACCAUGUCCUUCAUCUGCAGUUGGCUGCUCUUCGCCAUGAUGUGGUGGCUGGUGGCCUUCGCUCACGGCGACCUGGACCACGCCUGGGGCUCGUCCUUCAAGCCGUGCGUGACCAAGGUGAGGUCCUUCACCUCGGCCUUCCUCUUCUCCAUCGAGGUCCAAGUCACCAUCGGCUUCGGCAGCAGGAUGGUGACGGAGGAAUGUCCCACGGCCAUCACCUUGCUCAUCACGCAGAACAUCUCGGGGCUGAUCAUCAACGCCGUCAUGCUGGGCUGCAUCUUCAUGAAGACGGCCCAGGCCCACCGGCGAGCCGAGACCCUGAUCUUCAGCCGCCACGCCGUGGUGGGCCUGAGGAACGGCAAACUCUGCUUCAUGUUCCGGGUGGGCGACUUGAGAAAGAGCAUGAUCAUCAGCGCCUCGGUGAGGAUGCAGGUGGUGAAGAAGACCACCACGGCCGAGGGCGAGGUCAUCCCCAUCCACCAGGUGGACAUCCUGGUAGACAACCCCAUCGACACCAACAGCAUCUUCCUGCUGGCGCCGCUCACCAUCUGCCAUGUCAUCGACAAGCGGAGCCUGCUCUACGAGAUCUCACCCAGCGACUUGCAGAACCAGAACCUGGAGGUCAUCGUGAUACUGGAAGGGGUGGUGGAGACCACGGGCAUCACCACCCAGGCCAGGACCUCCUACAUUGCCGAGGAGAUCCUGUGGGGCUACCGCUUCGUGCCCAUCGUGACCGAGGAGGACGGCAUCUACUCGGUGGACUAUUCCAAGUUCGGCAAAAGGAUCAAAGUGGCCACUCCGCGUUGCACGGCCCGGGAGCUGGACGAGAAGCCGUCCAUCCUGAUCCAGGCCCUCCAGAGGAGCGAGCUGUCCCACCAGAACUCCCUGAGGAAGCGGAGCUCCAUGAGGAGGAACAACUCCAUGAGGAGGAACAACUCCUCAUUGGUGGUCCCGAAAGUCCAAUUCCUUGCGCCUGCGAGCAACCUGCAAACUACUGACUCCGAGUUGAAUUGAUCCAACAUCAUCCUUGCAAGGACUGGCUGUUGAGAUGAGUUAUCCAUUUGUGGACCAAUAUGCUAACCGUUUACACUAUUUGUCACUCCCGUUCAUAUGGAUUAAGUCCAAGCAUAAUUUGACCAAAGAACCCUUUGACAACGAAUCCGGAUCCGUCUAAUUGUCUUUGCCCUUCAAUAUUGAACGUGAGGUUGUUACAUCGAUGUAUCGGUAGCACAUUUUGUACUUAGCAACCGAUUUUGUUUACACUUUCUUCGCUUGGUUUAUUGAUACAGCAGCACUAUAGCGCGGGCAGGGACUUUAAUAGCUUUUGAUAGUUGAGAUGUGGUCGUUUUUAAAUUUCCAAUGAUCCUUCAGGUAAAGUUCCUCACAUAAUUAAUUAGUGGAAAUUGAUAGAAGCUUUCGCAUUGAAAAUAAAAAAAACACAAUAAUCCUUAACUCCUGCCACUACAAGUGUUUUUCUGAAGUAUGUGCUAGAGUAAUUGAAUAGAGCAUGGAAACAGGCCUUUGGCCCAAGAUGUCCACGUUGACCAAGUUGCCUAACUAAACUUGUUCCAUUUUGUUGUCCAUAUUCUUUUAAAUCUUCCCAGUCCAAAUGUCUUUUAAAUAUUGUCAUUAUACGCGCCUCUGUCACAUCCACCACGCGGGUCCCUUCUCACCUUGAACCUAAGCCCAAAAUCCUGACACAGAAUGUUGGCUGUCAAUUCCUUCCACAAAUGAUGCCAAACCUGUUGAGUUACUCCAGCACUUUGUGUUUUGUUUAAACCUAUUCCCUCAAAUGUUCUACUCCCCGACUCUGGAGCAAGGUGUGGUAGCUAUUCAGUUUGUCGAUGCCCCUCGUGAUUGUAUACAUCUCAUUAGAAUAACCAACAACCUCCUAUGCUCCAGGCAGGGUAAAAUGACCCAGCAUAUCGAAAUUCAGUCCUGAGUUGGCUGUGUCACUUUUCCCUGGAUUACAGGUGCUUGGCCAGGGUGGUGUGGGUCUUUGAGGAUGCUGGCUGUCUUUUUGAGGCAGCAACCCCUAUAGAUCUGAAGUCUGAAGAAGGGUUUAGGCCCGAAACGUUACAUAUUUCCUUCGCUCUAGAUGCUGCUGCACCCGCUGAGUUUCUCCAGCACUUUUGUGUACCUUCGAUUUUCCAGCAUCUGAGGUUCCUUCUUGAACACUCCUAUAGAUCCCUUUGCUGGUGGGGGGAUCAGUACCCAUGAUGGAUUGGGCAGUGUCCCCCACUUUUUGUAAUCUCCUCUGUCCCUGUAAAAUGACCUCCUCCCUAUAGCGGGGCAACAAGAAUUGUACAUAGCACUCCAAACGUGGCCUUACCAACACAAAGUCCCAAUUCCUAGUUUAGUUCAGUCUAGUCCAGUUUAGUGUAGUUUAUUGUCAUAUGUAUACACUACAGUGAAAAGCUUUUGUUGCAUACUAACUAGUCAGCAGAAAGACUAUACAUGAUUACAAUCAAGUCAUCCACAGUGUGCAGAUACAUGGUGAAGGGAAUAUUGUUUAGUGCAAGAUAAAGAUCAAAAAUGGCAGAUUAAAGAUAAUCUGAGGAUAUCCCGUGAGGUAGGUGGGAGGUCAGGGUCGCUCUCUAGUUGGUGAGAGGACAGUUCAGUUGCCUGAUAACAGCCGGGAAGAAACUGUCCCUGAAUCUGGAGGUAUGCGUUUCACACUUCUGUACAAUCGAACCAUCCACGGAGUACAGGUACAUGAUGAAGGGGGUAAUGUGAAUAACGUUUAGUGGAAGAUAAAGUCCAGUAAAGUCCAAUUAAAGAUAGUCCGAGGAUCUCCAAUGAGGUAGAUGGUAGCUCAGGACUACUCUUUAGUUGUUGAUAGGAUGGUUCAGUUGCCUGAAAAUAUGAUAUUGCUUAUAUUCAAUAUCAUUACUGAUGAUGGCAAGCACAUCAAACACCUUAAUUAUCAUUCUGUCUACCUGUGUCGUGUUGCCACUUUCUCUCUCUUGUACAAGACACCCCAGAGCACUACCAUUUGGUGUGCAUGUCCUGCCCGUGUUUGUCUUCCAAAAUGCAAACACCUCGUAUUUAUCUGAAUUAAAACGCCAUCUGCAAUUCCUCAGCCCAUUGGCACAGUUAGAGAGAGAGAGAGAGAAAGAGGGAGUCGGAGUUAUACAGCGUGGAAACAGACCCUUCGGCCCAACUUGUCCAUACUGAACAACGUGUCCCAUCUACACUAGUCCCACCUGCUUGCAUUUGGCCCAUAUUCCUCUAAACCGACGCCAGAGCAACACCACCCGGCGAGAACAGCCAGGAACAUCGGGCCUCCGUAGAGGCAACUGUGGAGGCCUCAAUAGGCCUGACUAUGGGAGAACUGGGGAUGGGGACUGGACAUUGUGCCUUCCCCCACAGUGGUAACCAUUGUGGGGGGAUGUUUUUUUUGUGUGUAAAUGAUUAUUUUAUUCUGUGUCCAAGAUGGCUGCCAGAAGGGAGAGUAUACGCUGGCGUGCUUUAGCUGCCGCUGCUCUCUCUUCAUAUUGUGUUUUUGAUUUUUGUCUUUGGAUUGAAUUCUGUCUUUAAUUUGUGGACUGGUGAUGUCUUUACUAUUUAUUUUAUUCCGCUUACAUGUUUUUACUCUAUUUGCUACAUUUUGUAAGGUGUCCUUGAGACUCUUGAAAGGCGCCCAUAAAUAAAAUUUAUUAUCAUUAUUAUUAUUAAACUUGUCCUACCCAGUUGAUUAAGGUCCCAUUGUAAUUUUAGAUAACCUUCUUCACUCUCCACUAUGCCACCAAUUUUCAGUUACCUUGAUAAUUGGUUAGAUCUAAUCUAAUCCUUUGGUGUCCUUUUUAUACGGUGUGAGUGAAACUUUGGUACUCCCCCCCCAGGAAAAACCUUAAUGUUGACUUGCAUGCAAUGAGUUUCGUUCUCUGCGGCCAAUGUUGCAAUGUUUGAACGGAGCCACAUUUUCAUACCCAUUUAACCAAUCCAGCUUGGUCUUAAGUUUGUCCCGGCAGCUUGAAGUUGCAGGCACAAAAAAGUACAGAUGCUGAAAUCUUGAGCAAAACACAGCUGGAACUCAGCAGCUCAGGCAGUAUCCAUGGAGGUGACGUUUCGGAUUGGGUCCCUUCUUCAGUCCCAUCUUCAAGUAUGAGUCUGAAGAAGGGAACCGACCCCAAAUGUCAUCUGUCCAGUUCCUGCGCACGUUCUCCCCUGACCCGCUGAGUUCCUCCAGCUCUUUGUGUUCAAUUAAAAUUCUGCUUCUGUGCGAGGAUUUCCUCUUGAGUGUAAAUUUUCCCUCCCUGCUCCAGGAGUUUCAGACCAUGAACAUAAAUUCAUAAUGUGUACUGCUGAUUAAUGGCUUCCCGUAAGAAUUCCUAACACGCAGAGGUCUACAUCCUUGCACACUAACACUAUCCUACACACUAAGACAAUUUACAAUUAUAACAUUUAUACCAAGCCAAUUAAGCUAUAAACCUGUACGUCUUUGGAGUGUAGGAGGAAACCGGAGAUCACUGAGAAAACCCAUGCAGGUCACAGGGAGAACGUACAAACUCCAUACGGACAGCAGCCGUAGUCAGAAUCGAACCUGGGUCUCUGGCACUGUAUUAAGCAACUUUACCAAUGCGCCACCGUGCCGCCCUAUUUAUUAACCCAAUUAAUGAAUGAUCUGUAUCACACACUUCAUACAAGUGGAGAAUAUUAAAUCACAAUUAAUUAACGUUGAUCGUUUUUAAAUAUCUGGAAAGUCACGGAAAAUGUUUAAUUGAAUAUCAUUUGACAAAGGCUGAUUGUUUAAAAGGAGCCAAACUGUAAGGAUGGGUGACAGGUCGCUGGAGAUCUCUUAGAAUAUAUCACAUUGGCUGUGGCCAGUGAAAUAGAAGUGUCUCAUUGAAAUGCAGUGAUGUAGGAGACCUGAUUUGAUCCCACCUCACAAGAUCUAAUAGUUUAAACAGAUACUGAUCAUUGCCUCAUUUUGUGUAUGUGGCAUUUAAUUAUAUGCAAAUUAUCUGACUUUUCUAGCAGGUCAUUUUUUACUUUAGUUAGAGAUACAGUGCGGAAACAGACCCUUCAGCCUACCGAGUCCAUGCCGACCAGCGAUCUCUGUACACUAGUACUUUCCCAAGGGACACACACACAUACAAGGGAUAAUUUACAAUUUUUACCUAAGCCAAUUUACCUACAAACCUGCACGUCUUUGGAGUGUGGGAGGAAACCGGAGCACUCGGAGAAAACCCAAUUGUCAUGGGGAGAACAUACACUCUCUGUACAGACACCACCCAUAUUCAAAAUCGAACCUGGGUCUCAGGCACUGUAAGGUAGCAAAUCUAACGCUGCGUUAUCGUGCCGCCCAUUUCACUGUCUAUGAAACACUUUUGACAUACGCACAGGCAUUAAGACCAUAGAACAAUACAGCACAGAAAUAGGCCCUUCAGCCCACAAUGCGCAGAGUUAUGUGCAAUCUCCUCUGCCUGCAUGUGAUCCAUAUCCCUCUUUAAACCUGCUCCACUUUUCUCAUUUGACUCAUAGAUGCCAGGUCUACCUUCUGCAUUCUUAAGAACACAAAAAUCAAGCUUUAAUUUCAACUUUAAACUUUUCAUUUCACUCUAAACUUUACUUUCAACUUUAAAUAUACUUAAAGUUUGAGCAUUCACAGCCCACUGGAGUGAGAACAGUGGUAGUGGCUCAGCGGUAGAGCUGCUACCUCACAGCGCCAGAGACCCAGGUCCAACCUUAACCUUGGAGUUUGCAUGUUUUCCCUAUGGCUGUGUAGGUUUCCUCCUACAUCUCAAAGGCGGACGGCUAUGUAGGUUAAUUGGUCUCUGUAAAAUUGUCUCUAGUGUGUAAGGAGAGAAUGAGAAAGUUGGAUAACGUAGAACUAAUGUGAACAGGUAAUCGACAUGGCGAUGGUUGGCUUGGACUCGUUGGGCUGAAGGGUGUAUCUUUAAAACUAAACCUAUAACUUACAACAUUGCCCAAAUAAAGUAUCUUCAUUAGGACCUUAAAAAUCCAUUAUUCUAAAACUAGACUCCUUAAUUCUGUGAGGGGAAAUAGUCUCUUUACAUCUACAAUGUUGAUACAACCCAAGGUUGCCUUUAUAUGACAGCAAAUACUUCUCCCACUCAUCUAAGCUCCAAUAAAUAUGUAUUUAUUUCCAUUAUAUACCAAAGAAUAAAAGGAAAGCUGUAUGAAGUGUUUGUAUUAAUAAUUCUUACAUCAUAUGUAAAUAACGAACACUGGUUCAAAAUCUACUUUCACCUUGUCUUCAGUAAAUUAGGAGAAUUAUUAUGAUGUUCGCACGAUGUUCUUGUGACUGGUGUAAAGUUAACAUUGUCCAGAAUGAUUACGAGAUCAUACUGGAGGAACAGCACUUCAUAUUCUGCUUGUAUAGCUUAUACCCCAAUGGUAUAACCAUUGAAUUCUCCAAUUAUAAGUAGCAACCCCUUUUCACCUGUCUCUUUUCUGCUUCCCGCACUGAUUUCUCCCACUGUCCUCCCACCCCUUCCAUCUCUAUCUCUUCCUCUGCCCUUACAUUCCACUCCUCUUCCCUUCUUAUCUGACACCCUUUUGUCUCCUUUCAUCUCUCGACUUUGUCCACCCAUCUGCUAAUCAAACCCCAUUCACCUGUAUCCACCUAUCACUUGCCAGGUUUUAUCCUGCAGCUAAACUGAUGUAACCAUUCAAAGGAGAGGAGAAUGUGGCUUCGUACUUGAAACCUAAUACUUAGGCUUACGUUUAUUAUCGUCAUGUGUACCGAGGUACAGUGAAAAGCUUCGUUUUGCAUGCUAUUCUAUCAGAUCAGGUAAUUCAAUACAUAAAUACCAUCAAGUCAAAUUCAAGUACAAUAGACAAAGGGGGAGAUCAAGGAGAUAAGGUUAAUGUUCAUGAGUGAUAGGAGCAGAAUUAGGUCAAUUGGCCCAUCAAAUCUACUCCGUCAUUCAAUCGUGGCUGAUCAAUCUCUCCCUCCUAGCCCCAUUCUCCUUCACCCCAUAAUCCCUGACACCUGAGUGAUAAAAAAUCCAUCUAUUGAUGCUCCUGAACACAUCAACAGUGAUGUAACCUGGGGUCAUUGGGUGCUUCGGGUCUUUCAACAUCAGACACCCUCACCCAGGCGACCCAGCCGUGGUUGAUCAGACAACGCCUUGUGUUCAGGUGGCAUUCGCACCUCCCCAUGGACCUCCUCUCCUGAUCCAGAGCCACAUUGAGGCAUUCUCCGCUGCCUCUGUGAUGUUCUUGAUGGCUCUUCUCCUCUCCAUUCCAUCGAUACACCUGCACUAAUCAAGAUUCUAUCUAUCUCUGCCUUAAAAAUAUCCAUUGCAGAACGUAGUUCUCAGCAUUGUGGUGCACCAGUUGCAGAGACAAAGUCCAAUGUCCACAAUGGGGUAGAGGUGAAUCGGACAGUAGAUUAUGGAUCCUAGCUGAUGGAAGGACCGUUCAGAAGCCUGAUAACAGAGGGGAAGAAGCUGUUCUUCAGCCUUUUGGUGUGCUCUUUCAAUCUUCUGUACCUUCUGCCAGAUGGGAAUGGGGAGAACAAGGAAUGACCGGGGAGGACACAAUUAAACACAAAAUAACCUAUGGAUGAUGUAAAAUAAACAAAAAAUCAAUAAUUUAAUAGCCGUGGUGCGUGCAAAUAAGCUUGUUAUUAAAUCAAUAAUGACUUUAUACGAAAACCAAGCUGUAACUCGUAUUUCAGUACACAGUCGCCCCUACCCUACAUAAUAUAGGAAUCUCGACCUCCUAGAUUAAAUCACAAUGUCAUUAUGACCUUAUGAUUAUUAUGCUGGAAACUUGGCACUGUCUGGGAGAGAAUGGGAAGUUUAUAUCCCAAGGCUUUAAAAUGUUCACGAGUGAAGAAUAAAGGCUGAUUGAAAAGGGUAUAUGUUUACAGCCCUGGGGAGUAUUAGUCCCGUGAUGUUUGUCUGGAUGGAGCUGUGGUGGAAAACCAGAAGAUCAGUUAUAAGACUCGCAUUACACCACAGUCCAUGAGUGAUGAAAAUUAAUUGAGGUUAACAUGUUUUAGCCGUCUAAAGAGAAAUAUGUGUCUCCAAAAGCAAGACAGAAGAGAAUCUUUGGAACCACAAAGAACUAAAGAUGCUGGAAUCUUGAGCAAAAACACAAUGGGCUGGAGGAUCUCAGCGGGUCAUGCAGCAUCGUUAGAUUAAUUUUGUUUAGAGAUACAGUGCGGAAACAGGCCCUUCGGCUCACAGAGACCACGCUGAUCUGC